GAUGCUGUAUUAGAUGAUUUUCUCCUGAGUGUGAUGGCCUAUGACCGGUAUGUGGCCAUCUGCCACCCCCUGCACUACAACGUCAUCAUGAACCUCCGGCUCUGUGGACUUCUGGUUCUGAUAUCCUGGAUGACGGGUGCGCUGUAUUCCUUGAUACACAGCUUAAUGGUGUUGCGAUUGUCCUUCUGUACAGCCCUGGAAAUCCCCCAAUUUUUCUGUGAACUCAAUCGUGUGUUACAACUUGCCUGUUCUGACACCUUCCUUAAUGACAUGGUGAUGUAUCUUUCAGUUGUACUGUUGGGUGGCGGUCCUUUUGCUGGUAUCCUUUACUCUUACUCCAAGAUAGUUUCCUCCGUAUGUGGAAUCUCAUCAGCUCAGGGGAAGUAUAAAGCAUUUUCCACCUGUGCAUCUCACCUCUCAGUUGUCUCCUUAUUUUUUUGUGCAAACCUAGGAGUGUACCUUAGCUCUGCUGCUACUCACAACUCACAAUGGAAUGCAGCAGCCUCGGUGAUGUACAGUGUUGUCACACCCAUGCUGAACCCCUUCAUCUACAGUCUGAAGAAUAAAGACAUAAAGGGGGCUCUGAAGAGAUUCUAUGGGGUAGUAGCUAUAAAAAGGCCAAUUGUCCUGGGGGUGGUGAAGUGCCUUUGA